GACAUAAAUAUGUAAAUAUAAACAACUGAUUCUAAGAAUGAUAAAUAAAAAAUGAUAAAAUGUUAUAAAAAAUGAAAUCAGUAAACGUUAAAAAAUAUGUGACAAUAUUCUGAAUCUAACCGAUUCUUGGUUACGAAACGUAUAUGUGAUCUUGCUGAACCUAAUUAAUAUGUUGAUUUGAAAUGUCUUUAUAAAUAGCAUAACGAAGGAACACUGCAUGAGACGUAUAUUUCUACAUACUUAGUUUAUCAUCUAUAUUGCUUAAGUAAAUAAAAUAAGUACGACCAUGCCUUUCUGUUCAAAGCGAUGUAAUAGUUAUGUUAAUGGUGAGAAAGUUUUAACUGAUAAAUAUUACAAUGAAUUAAUGAGAAGGGAAUUAAAAGUAAGACUCAAAGAAAGAGCGUUACACAAAAAAGAAAAGAUUUUAAACCUAAAGAUUAAAAAAUUCAAAAGACAUACCAAACGCAGAGCGAAAUUAGAUUUAAGAGCAGCGACCAAAUUACGGAGAGAACGCAAAAAAUUGUUGUUCCUUUUGGCUGCGACCGGAAAUAAGAAGUGCAAGAAAUGUAAUAACAAGCCAAUUAAUGCACGAAAACGAAAAGUUCGAAAAAUUAAAGUUCGAAGAGCUGAGUCCAUUUAUAAACACGAUUUUUUUAAUUUAUUUCGCACUUUUGGGCACAUUUUAUUUCGUUUGGGUACAAGUUCACAAAAUUUGAUAAAAAAGAAACUUCGACCCAGAAUUGAAUAUGAGUCAUAUUCAAAAUGGAUUAAGGGUCGGCCGUUUGCACAUGACACGUUAAAUAAAGCAAAAGGAAUUGCAUAUCCACGGAAUUUUAGUCCUUAUAGCUACGAACCACAAAUGAUUAGAAGGCGAAGUUUCAGCGAAUGGACCAGGGCGGCUGGUGACUGUUAUCUGAUGUCUUCAAGACAAAGUUCUCAAUUAUUUAACCGCGGUUACUGUCCAAAAAUUUAUCCUCAAUAUCAGGGUCCUUGUACGCCGUGGGAGAAUGUCGGACAUUUAUUCUUAUGCAUCGCUGGAUUUUUAUUAUGGACCCCGUGUUUACUUUGUUUAAUAUUUUUUAAAUGUGUUUUUUGCAUAUUUCAUGCAUAUGAAGAAACUACGUAAAACUCAAAGGGAAAGUUUCCAUAGCAUCUGAAUGGCUAACCAUAAAGAAUCUAUAUGUCACCUCAGAUUCUGACCUCAGAUUACUUAGAGAAGCUACGCUUCAUGUCACUUAUAAUUUUUGAUUGAUUUUUAUUUUGCGUCAGUUUUUAUAUUUAUUUAUUUAUUUUAAUUUAUAUUUUUAUACAACGCUUUUUUACAAUCUUAUGGUUAUGUUUAAGAAGUCAUUCAAUAGUACAAAAUAGCAAAUGAAGUGAAAAUGAAAGUAUGGAUUUACACCGUUUAAAAGUUGUUAAAUUUGAUAGAAGCACCGAAAAUAAUUUUAAUGUGAAUGAAAUUAUUGGUGAUGUUACAAAAGAAACGAAUUGCUUCAUUAUAAAUGAAACUGGAAAAAAAAUGGAACAUCAUAAUUCAACACAUAAUACGAAACAAAAAAUUCUAGGUGCAUUUAAUAUACAUAAGUCUAAAAGUGAGCCAUUGAAGGGUUUUUCAAAAGGCUAUAGUUACUCAAGUAGUAAAUAUUUUUACAGAGAAAAAAAUUAUAAAGCACGUGCGAAGAAAAGCUAUAAGCUUCGAUGAUAUCAAAAAUAAUUUUAAUUAUAAGCACAACUUAUUUAAUUCGGAAUGUUUUUCUAAAUUGAUGAAAGGAAAAAAAAUACUCGACAGAAACAAGGAAAUAAAAGUAUUAUUCGCUAGCGAAGUGUCCAGACUUACAAAAAGAGAUAGAAAUGUUUAUUGUUCAACGAAACUUAGAAACACGAAAGUGGGCACGUUAAGAAAAAAAUCAAAUUCUUGUUAUGAUGUUUUUGGUUUCCAAAAUAGAAAGUGUUCCUAUGAUCACACCACUAAGCAAUAUCGAUGUGAUAAAGGAUGCAUUACGAAAAAAUUUAGCAAACUGCAAUCAAGACUUAAUAAAAUUCAUAAAUUAUCGCAACCAAAAACAGAACCUAAAUCAGUUAUUGAACACCAGUCAGUAAAGAUUUUGAAACCAAGUAAAAUAAGAGAUGUAAAAUCUGAAUCCGACUGUUGUGUAUGUACGAGAGCGCAACAUUAUAAUUUAGUAUGUUUCCCGGAUAAUAACCAUUCUACAUUUCGUGGAAAGCCUAUUGUAAAUCCAAAAAAUAUUCCAAAAUACCCAUCGGCUUAUUUUCCCGAUUGCAAUUGUGUAAAUCAACAAGUUUCAGUUACUCCGUCGCGUUUGCAAGUGCGUAAAAAAAAUGUGGGCGAUGCUGCAGUCGCUACCAGUCGUUCUUUAUGUAAUACUUGUACGAGUAUGAAACCAACUCGCGCUAAAAGAGCAUCUGGCCCCUUUUGCCGAAUAUGCAAAAUCCCAAAAUCAAUACGGAAGAGAGAUGUUCCAUGCCACUCUCUUGGAGCUACCAAGAAAAUAUUUUCAAAUCAUACAUCGUCAAGAAAUCUUCAAAAUAAAAUACGAACCAUUUUUAAGUGCAUUUUAUUGGGUUUGGUGGUUAUUGCUUGGAGUCCGUGUAUUAUUACAGUUCUGCUGUGCUGGAUAUUAACAUAUCCAUUAAGACCUCAAUACAUUAAAACAAGUGGGUGUGAAAACGAGGAGUGUCUUCAUAAACAAACACCACUGUGUCACAUUAUGGGCGGUGUGAAAUGCUUGGGCGAUAAAGCUGCCUAUUCGAUUAAAGCAAUGUUAUCUUUACUGCGUAGUAAUGAGGAAGACGAGCACUUGCAGGAUAGACCGGCCAGUUAUUCACGUGGAUGUCCUGAUCCCAAAAAAAAGUAUACACUCUUUUAUACAGAUCAUAGAGGCUGGAGAAUGAAACCCAUUCGUGAUAAAAAUCUUCAUUUGUAUAAUGGUGACGUUGAGGAAUUUCAAGACCCUAACUCGAUGCCGGGUCAGAAUACAGGACGAAAGAAAAAUAUUAUAAAAAAAUGUUGUGGUUGUAAAUUACGUAAGGCUGAAAAAGAUAUAAACAUAGAUACAACAUUACACCACCCUGAAACUAAAAAGAAUCAAAGCCAGAAUACAAAAAUGCGUAAACAUGUAUAUAGGCGUUCUCAAAGGCUCAAUGGUGAGGGAAAAUCUUUAAAGCAUGAAGUUCAUAGACCACGAAUAAGAUCUAAAUCUCAUCCAAUGCCUUACGAUUCUCAUAUCAGACCGUGUGAAAAACUACCAGUUAAGUACCCACCUUGUCUCCGUAACUCUCGAUCGUCACCUCUACCUUUAAAUAAUAACAUUGCUAAACGCAAAUGUAAAUCUAGGUUUACUCAACGUUUACCAAAUUGCUGCGAGUUGUGUGAACGCCGGAAGCAGAAUAAUAUUUCUUUAAAAGAAGUGAAUCGUUCCUGUCAUAAUAAAAAAGUCCAUCCUCGAUGCGUCAGUAAUAAACAUCGAAAGAAAGAGAAAUCAUAUUUAAAAAGAUUAUGGAACUACAUCCGGUGUUCCUGGGACGAGCUUGAGCGUGUUGUAGAUGAAACUGAAGAUGUGGCUUGGAAAGAUGAGAUUAAAUGUGACAUGUAUUGGCUCACAUUGCAACAGAAACAAUUUCCUUGGUUAUAUCAACAUUGUCCAUGCUUGUAUCCAUGUUUUACGGUUUGGUUCAAUUGCAUUAAAAGCACAUGGCAUAUGGCGGUUUACACACUUUCUUUUUGUGUUUGGUGUCCUGUCAUGUUCGGGUGUUAUAUUUUUUCCGAAUUAUUUUGGCAAUGCUUAAAAUAAAUUAGUUAUUACCUAAUGUAGUUCUUAAAUUCAUUCGUCAUCAAUUAAUUGAAAUUCCCUUAAAAAUGUACUAUUGCAUAUUGUGCAUUUUUUAAUAUUGAUGCAUACUUUGCUAUUAGAUUCCGGUCGGGCGAAAGUUCGCAACGUUUGGUUUAUAAUAAAAAAAUGCCUUCUAGAUUAGUUAUAAAGAAGCUGAGUCGAACCGUAGUUAUGUAGAGUUUAUAAAGUAGGUACAUAUAAUUAAUAUACAAAGUGUACAAAAAAACAAGAGGCGCACCAGUUUGAAUGAUUACGUAGAGAGGUAUUUUCCUAUGUUUGAUUUUCUACUUUAUUCUAUAAGUAACAGUAAAACGUACGAAAAAGAAGCUAUUCUGUGAAAACUGUAUUAAAACUGGCAAAAAAUGUGGCAGUAAUUCAUAAUAUUAAGAAUUGAAAUGUGUAGGAAUAGUGGACAUAUCGCCCCAAUAUUCUUUCGCACACAUCCUAAUUCUUGAUGACGUCAUGUGCGCAUAUUGAGCCUUUAUCGUUUCUUGACACUCCUACCGAAACUCUAAGGCUUAUUUAUAGCCUGUUGAUUUUUUACUGGAUUUUAACCUCUGUAUUAGAAUUUGUAUACGAUAAAUAUGUGAUAAACGUAAAGAAUAAAAACCGGACCAACGCGAGUCGGACUCGCGCACCGACGCGACUCGGCGCGGCGCGAUGUGAUGGCUCCGUACACACUUAUAGGUAACGUAUCUGAGUGUUUAUGUAAGUUCAAAUAUGGCAAAUUUAACUUUGCCGUUUGAUCCCUAAACACGGUUAUCGCACCAACCGCAAAUAAUAAGU